AUGGACUUCAAAGAACAAGCUAUAGCCCGAGUGCAAAUCACAGCCGUUAUGCACCGGUAUGCCUCGCUAGCCCGAGAGAAUUGCGACUGGGCCGAAUUGGCGAAGCUAUUGGCUCCUGGUGCCAUAUAUCGAAUAGGAGGCGGCGUGGAAGUUGGUGCUGGUGACAUGAAGGAGGUCAUUCGUGGAAAAGAAGCCAAGUAUAUUCGUCACCAUAUCACCACGAUUGAUAUUGAAUUCACGAGCGGUGUUGAGGCUCACUCAAGAGCGCAAUUUUUUGCUGCAACAAACUAUCUAUUCAACGAUCAUUGGGGACACUGGAAGGAUACAUGGCGGAAGCAAAGCGAUGGUUCAUGGCUCAUUCAGGAUCGCACCAUUGUUACAGAAGGAAUGGCCCCAGGUGGUUGGUGUGACAAGGUGUGGGGUGAGGAAGCCCUGAGUGCUUCCAAAGCGGAGAAUCCAUGA